CGAGGGGGAAUUUGCACUAUUUACGAUCCUAUUCACACCUCCGUCGGACUUCCACUCUACAACCACCCAGCAUGGCGGUCAAGACUGAAUCCUUCUUGCAUCUUGCGCGCCCCCUUGCGCCCUCGGUGAUCGGGGUCCAGCCUACGACGGCACCUUUGAAUGUCAUAAUUCAGCCACAAGCCAUAUUCUCGAUCCUCGACCAUGCGAUCCGACGCGAUAUUCGGGAUACACAAUCCACAAGAGUCAUCGGGGCCCUUCUCGGUGUCCGUUCUGAGGAUGGCAUGGAAGUCGAAGUGCGAAACUGCUUCGCGAUCCCACACACUGAAAACGAAGACCAGGUCGAGGUAGACGUCGAAUACCAAAAGAACAUGCUCGCAUUACAAUUAAAGGCCAACCCCCGAGAGGUCUUGCUGGGAUGGUACACGACGGAUCUCACCCUCAACAGCUUCAGUGCUUUGAUCCAAAAUUUCUUUGCUAGCCCAGAAACCGGAACUUUCCCUCACCCAGCUGUUCAUUUGACUGUUUCAACGGAGCCUGGAAAAGAGAUUGAAGCGAAAGCAUACAUCAGUGCACCUGUCGGAGUCAACGCUGAACGUGCAGCGGAAAGCUGUCUCUUCAUUCCAGUGCCCUACGAGAUCCGUUACGGCGAAUCCGAAAAGAGCGGUCUUGAACUCAUUUCCGGAGCGAAAGACAGCGAGAACCGUGCAGCACCAGUUGUCUCAGACAUCGAGGGUUUGGAGCGAGCUAUUGACCAAACAAUCGAUCUUUUGGAGCGCGUUUCGGAAUAUGUCAGCUCAGUUUUGGAUGAGGAGAGAGAGCCAUCGAACGCUUUGGGACAAUUCCUCAUGAACGCUUUGUCCUUGGCACCCAAAGUCGACCCUCAAGAUAUUGAGCGCGAUUUCAACAACCAUAUCCAGGAUGUUCUUGUUGUUUCAUAUCUGGCAAACACUAUCCGGAGUCAGAUUGAUCUUUCUCAGAGGUUAGCAACCUCUACUCUCACGAUGGGUGGAUCGGAUGCUCUCGCAGCAACGGGCGGCGGGGAAGGAGGCGAGAAGGGAGAGCGUGGCGGUCAGCGAGGUGGAAAACGUGGCGGCAGAGGUGGAGGAAAUCGUGGGGGUGGCCAGCGAGAGCCGCGAGAGCCAAGUGAGUAGAUG